AUGAUGACCGGUGUUGGGCCGGUAGCUGAGCCGUUCCCAUUCCAGCAACAUGCAUCAAAGCUCGCCUUGUCAUUUGACGCUGCCUCAAGAGCCCCCGUGAAUGCGCCCCGUCAUCCUUCAGCGUAUAAAUAUACGUCCAAGACCAAUGGCCAUCGAACGGCUCUAUCAGAUUUAUCACAUCCUAACAACAUGGAACAGGAACAUCAGAUCCAAAACAAGAUCGAACAAAUUCUUGACAAAGUUCACUCCUUGAGUGACCUUUCCGCCGACAAAGUUGAUGAGUUGAGGCGUGUCUCUGAGAAUUCUAUCGUUAUUAACAAGUUCAAGGUCUCUCCUACAGAGUACCAUGACUGGCUGAACAAAAUUGGCAAUGAUAAUCGCGGUAUAGAAUUUGAUGCUCAGAACGCAUGUCUUAUCCUGAAAGGACGUUCUGGUUGGAUGCAUGAAGCUGCUACUGGCAUAAUCUACAUAUUCUUUGACAAAAUACGAGAGAGGUUGAGUGCUGCUGGCUCACGCUGCUUUCUGACUGGUAGUACAGACUGUUCCCUUGAAAUCAACUUUGUGGGAUCUAUAAAACAACCAGAUGCAUCUCUCAUGGAAUUUAGAGCUGAAUGGCCAGUUAUUGUUCUUGAGGUUGAAAUAAGUGAGACCACACGCAAGCUAUUCAAAGAUGCACAACGAUGGUUGGAGGGUAGUGAUGGUAAUACCAAACUUGUCAUCCUUGUUGACAUCCAAGAGAAAGAGCGUCGGAAUACUUCAAACGAUAAAUGGGACUUGUCUGAGAACGACUUUCGGGAAAUACAUCAUCGAACGCUUUCUAGACGCAUCCUUCAAUGGUACCGACUCAAAGGAAUCCGUGUUGUUGGGGAUUUUCACUUGUCUGUACACUUAUGUUAUAAUGAUGGUGACAAUCACUGUAUUCUGGACAAGGCUGCCUUUUCACCUGGCAGAUUGAUUGACCUGACAACCAUCGAAGAUAUCCCUUUGAGGUUAGGACAUCUUAUGCCUGAUGGGGGUCAUUUGGAUGAGGACCGGCGUCUUUUGUUUCCAUUGAAGAAUUUGGUGGAUACGCUGCAACAUGGAUUUGAAAAUACUGAAAUUGACAGAGUGAAUGACUUGGCGACGGAUAUCAAGAAAAAGUACUUUUGA